AUGGAUUCUACUAGACAAUUAUUUUGUUACAUGAUAUCUCUGUUUGCUGGCAGCUUAUUCUCAAAUGUAGUAUGGAUAUCCGGACCAUAUGCAGUGGAACGAAGAAUUGUCUCAGGAAAACAGUUGAGAGAAAAGCCAGAGAAUUCUAUGUCCGUGAAAAACAUGGCGACUAACACAGUUACUGAUUCCAAACUUCAAGAAAUUAUUGACGAUGUCAAUUACCAGAUGGAAGGUUCCCGACCUCACUGUGUUUGUACGAAGCCACACCAUAGAGCGUCUCAGACAUUGGAUUUGAAAAGAAGAACUGAAGCACUCGAAUUCCAGAAAGACUGGCGAACCAGUGACCAGCCAUUGACUUUAUGUAAAGCCAUGUUGCCAAUUAAUUACAUUGGUAAUGGCAUUCAGUUAGAGCCUUUAAACUCUGUUCCAAUUGUAGGUAUAUCUUUCUCUGAGCAUAUUGUUUUUUCUAAAACACGUUGGAAGUUGUCCAUAAAAACGCGCAAAAAACUAGGCGUAGUGUUCGUUUCUCUGCCAGCUAGUAAUUCAGAAGCGUCGGCACUCGCCAUCACUGGAAACUUCAGUGGAGAAAUGUAUAUAGAGGCAGUAACAUUGUCAUUAUUAAAUCAAUAUAUCUCUAAUCUAGUCUACAGAAGCCAAGAGUAUGUAAUAGAUGCCAGAGACAGUCUUGAGGUGAAUUUCCUAAACUAUACUACUCAUAUCAAUAUACACAUAAAAAAACAUUCACUGUCAUUUCGUUACCCUAUUGUAAGAGGUAAUGUUUCAGAGAAAGUUACUGUUAUUACGAAAACAUUUGAGCGUUAUGAAGCGGUACAUCGCCUUGUGAACAGCGUGCAUCAGUUGUAUGACAAAUUAACCAUAAUCGUUGCUGAUGAUUCGGAAAAACCAGUGAAAAUCAACAAACCUUACGUGAAACACUACACGAUGCCAUACCUAGAAGGUUAUUUUGCUGGAAGGAAUCUAGCACUCAGCCAAGUGACCACGGAGUAUGUCAUGUAUGUUGACGACGAUGUGUUUUUUACAAGUAACACGAAAUUAGAAUCUCUGAUCGAAAAAAUGGAGCACACGAAUUCAAAAGUUGAUUUAGUUGCAGCAGCUAUAACUGGCUACAGAAACAAUUCAGGUCAUGCCCAUUUGAUGUCAAUAGCAUAUUCUGCAGAUGGUAUGUGUUAUCAAGGAGUGCGUAAAACCCGCACACAUCAAUAUUUUCCGCAGUGUCAGUGGACAGAAUUGUCUCUCAACGUUUUCAUUGCUAGGACUAACGUUCUGAGGAGCAUAGGAUUUGAUGCAAAUACAACACCAUUUAAUGGUGGACACAUCGAAUUCUGGAUUGAUGCUCUAGGAAAAAGUCAGAGCAUUUUCUGUCGCGACGUUUCUGUUGGACAUGACGAUAAAUUAAUAGGAAAUGAAAAGUACGAACUUAUUCGUUCGAAAAAGCAGGAAUCCCACCCUAAGAAUAUCAUGUUACAAAAUAAUAUGUGUAGUCUUCUAUAUUUGGGAAGACAACGAUCCUUUAUAUAG